AUGUGUGGCAUUUUCGCAUGCCAUCGGUACGUCCGCAUCCCUCAAUGGCUCCCAGAACACAGCACACCAUCAUUCACAUGCUAAUACGUACACGUGGUUUAGUCAUCCCGAUGUGCAGAAGUUCCGGCCGACUGCCAUACGUAUGGGCAAGCAGGUCAAGCAUCGUGGUCCUGACUGGAGCGGCAAUCACAUCGCCAACGGUACCGUCCUUGUCCACGAGCGGCUCUCUAUUGUCGGAAUCGAUACCGGUGCCCAGCCGAUGGUGAGCGAUGACGGAAACAUUGCUUUGGCAGUCAACGGCGAGAUCUACAACCACAAGAUUCUGCGAAAACAGCUCAAGACUCCAUACCCCUUCAAGACACACUCCGACUGCGAGGUCAUCAUUCCAUUGUACCGAGAACAUGGCAUUGAUGCGCCCAAGUUCUUGGAUGGCAUGUUCAGUUGGGUGCUUCACGAUAAGCAGCAGGACAGGUUGAUUGCUGCGAGAGAUCCAAUCGGCAUCACCACAUUCUACAUUGGCCGCUCUUCAUCCACACCUGGAGCGGUGUACUUUGCAUCGGAGCUGAAGUGCUUGCAUCCCGUGUGCGACAAGAUUGACAGCUUUCCUCCCGGCCAUGUCUACGACAGCAAGACCGACACGCUCACACAAUACUACACGCCCAAGUGGCUUGUCGAGCCCUCCAACAUCCCUACCACUCCACUCGACCUGACGCUGCUUCGGGAGACCCUCGAGCGGUCUGUGAGAAAGAGACUGAUGGCUGAGGUGCCUUAUGGUGUUUUGCUCUCGGGAGGUUUGGAUAGCUCGCUUGUUGCUUCUAUCGCUCAGCGUGAGACGAAACGCUUGCAAAAGGAGUACGCUCGUCAACAAGCGCUCAUGAGCUCUGGUACCAACAGUCCGUCUCUCGACGGCGUUGCCAACGGAGCUCCGCCUCGGCCUGAGGACGACAAAGAGGAGCUCGCCGGUAUUGACGAAAACUACCACCUGAGCUCCGUGCCUGUCCUCUCCCAGUUGAACAGCUUCUCCAUCGGUCUUCCCGGCUCGCCUGACACCAUCGCAGCCCAAGAGGUUGCGAGGUAUCUGGGCACUCGACACCACGCUUUCACAUUCACCAUCCAGGAAGGUUUGGACGCACUAUACGAUGUUAUCUUCCACCUUGAAACAUACGACGUGACGACAAUUCGUGCCAGCACACCCAUGUUCCUCCUGUCGAGAAAGAUCAAGGCAAUGGGGGUGAAGAUGGUUCUCUCGGGUGAAGGCUCCGACGAGAUCUUCGGUGGCUACCUCUACUUCCACGCUGCGCCGGACAAGAAGGCAUUCCACGAGGAGACCGUUCGCCGUGUCAAGAACUUGCAUCUUGCGGAUUGCUUGCGCGCCAACAAGAGCACAUCAGCUUGGGGCGUCGAGGCUCGUGUGCCCUUCUUGGACAAGCAGUUCCUCGAGAUGUCCAUGAAUAUCGAUCCAGCCGAGAAGAUGAUCACCAAGGACCGCAUUGAGAAGUACAUUCUUCGCAAGGCUUUCGACACCGAGGGCGAACCUGGCGCAAAGCCAUACCUGCCGAAGAACAUCCUAUGGAGACAAAAGGAGCAGUUCAGUGACGGUGUUGGAUAUGGCUGGAUUGAUGGACUCAAGGACGAGGCGAGGAAGACGGUCUCCGACGAGCAAAUGAUUGAAGCCAAUAUCCGCAAGGACAAGCCGCACUGGGGUGAUGACAUUCCCGACUCGAAGGAGGCAUACUGGUACCGCUGCAUGUUCGACGAGCACUUCCCGCCUUACUGCGCCGGCACUGUGCAAAGAUGGACACCCACCUGGAGCAAGCAGACAGAUCCAUCUGGCCGAGCAAUUGCCACGCACGAGCAGGCUUACCACCCGGGUCAAGGACAGUGA